CUUUCUUAAGGUAUUUUAGGUUCACCUAGAGGAUAAUUUAAUUCCAAAUACAACGCAUUUUGAUUCGUUUCGAUAUGACGUUUACUUUUUUUCCUAUCUUGCCCGCCAAUUUGAAAAAACCAUAAAAAUGGAAAUCCGAGAAAUCGCGUAUCAAAGUUUUCGUUCACAAAAAUCGUAAAUUUCUUGAACUUACCCUAUUAAUAUGCUAAUCAGCGAUUCAUAAUAGUUUUAUCUCCACAGACCUUCUAUAGACAGUUAAGCUGUCUCGAAGGACUGUUAGUCCCUUUUCAUUAUAAUAUACAUAAUAGUUGAAGGGGUGGAGCAAGCGGGCUGCAGGCGGUCCGGCCUCUAGUAUACCUGUUUGACGCUUGCUCACUAUUUCGUCUGAAAUAAUCCGAAUUUUGUUCUGAAAUUUUGGAGACAUAUUCUUGGAUAGUUUAUAAGUGAUUUACGCAAAAAAGAAAUCGAUUUUUUGAAGCCUCUAAAGCAGGCUUCCCCCUUAAGCCGUAUCAACUCUCUUCAACAAAUUAUUUGAAACCGCUAGGAAGACUUAUUCGAAGGAAAAUGUAAGAUAUGAGAUCUAACAAUCUAGCUUUUUUGUAGAGCUCAACAACCAGUAAUACUAAUAACACAUCGGUGGGUAAGUAACGGACGGACGGCAGGUGGAAAUACUGUACAUUAUACGAAAAGCACAACAGAGAAAAGCUGUACGUAAACAGAAAAGCUCCACCAAAAGCGCUGUCAGCAAUAGUGAGCGAAAAUUUAACAUACAUUUUAACAUGAGUUGAGAUUAAAAUUAAAUUCAUUUGAAUCACAAACACAUAUAAAUAUAUGUAGUAAUGCUACUUUGUUUUGUGAGAUUACGAAAUAACCAGUGAAAAGCAAUUGCGAAAAACUGUUAUACGCACAACAACACCACUGCAAGUACGAGCUCUGAGCGUAUAGGGGGACAGGGUCAGGUGGUUAUCUUUCAGCUGGCAGGUGGUUGGCGUUCGGCUGAUGAUAUGGAGAAGACAGAAGAAAGCUUUAGCGCAAAAAUUAAUAAUUUUUGCCGACCUGAGUAUGCUUCAUGCCCGGGUACAAUUCAAUCGUGAGUGUUCUCUCGACGCGGUUAGUGCUGAAGUUAGCGGGUCAACAGCGGAGUGUAUAUAAUAAUUAUAAAAAAUAUAUAUACAAACUUUGAACGCUGAAACAUACUGUUACGUUGGAAUGUAAAGUGAAGGCAUUUUUUUUGGAAAUAUUUGUAUUAAAUUAAAUAAAUAAUAGACAGUGUAGUUUUGUGCAUAAACACAAUAUUGUUUGGGAUUAACAAAACGCAGAAAGUGUAAUAAACAACAGUUAUCAAUUAUAUUUGAAUGAAAUGUUCAUAGACUAUAUUUUAAUUAAAAAUAUUUACAAUUUGGCAGUGAAAUUGUGUCGAGUUUGAAAUAGUUGAAAAAAUAAUAAACCUUGCAUAAAAAUUGAAGUUUUAAACAAAUAAAAAAACAACAAAUUUGACAAUUUUCUAGCGUGUUUGCAACAAUUAUAGUGGCUGCUAAAAAUCUGUGGAACGCUUAAAGACUUUUGAUUGAUUGCCGAGUGUCGAGUGCCAAGCUGAACUACAAGUGAACUACACACACAAACUGCUGAGACAACAGCGGCAAUUGCUCUGUGUGUUUUUGUGGAAGUAACAAAGAAGAAAAAACCGUUACAAAGUUUGCUGCUGGACAAGCAGAGUGGAGUACGCCGCGGGCAGAGUGAGCCAGUUUGUGUGUAUGUGAGCGCGCGCGUGUUUGACAUGGCAAGGGCGAGUGAGCGCGCAGUGGUAGCACAAAUAAAUAAGUAAACAAAGAAAAACGAAAAUACAAAAACAAACACAAGCGCGCGAUAUUUCUCGAAUAAAACUAGGACAAAGGCGGAUUAGUUAGUUAGCUGUGCAAACUGCAGCAAAGCAAGACAAACGCGUGUAAGCACUGAGCGCAGCCUGUACCAACUAAGCUUAGUGGCUUGCCUUUGUGCCAUUCGGUGUUGUGCCGCAUGUCAACUCAGCUUAACGUAGUACGUGAGUUGCAACAGUAGACGCUGGCAGCAGCGCGCUGAACUCGUUACAGUUUUAAAACGCACAUUUUACGACUUUACCACCAGCUGUUUGGUUAGCGCUCAACACAUUUGACAGUUGCAACAGUUGCAGCUAAGCAGCAAAAACGGCCGUUACGCGCGUGAUCUAAGCCAAGCCAAGCAAAGCAAACACUGCCACCUCCCCAAAAGAAAAACACGUGCGCAAAUUGAAAAAUAAAGCAGGCAUUAGCGAAAUAACGGUAAACAACACGGCGGGUGUGAAAACGCCCAGUUGAAAGUCAGCAGUUCAAAAGCGCAAAAGUCACAGUGAAAGCGCAAUCACCGCGCACGCUAAACCAACAAGCGUUUUCCAAUUGCAGCUGCUGCGAAGGGACUGAAGCGCGCGCCUGUUGAAGGGCGAAUCAGUGACGCGUACGAACGCGCUUCAUACAAUCGCACCACUGCAGCGCUUGGCACACGCUCAAUUGCCGCGCGUUGUGACGCACUGAAGUGGGAAUUGCAGCGCGGCGCGGCGGUGAUUGUGGGUACAGAGCGCGCGCAUUUGCGCCGAGGCAAUCGUGUGUGAGCGCUUGACCUGUUAGGGCUGUUGAACAGCUGAACUGUGUGGUGCUGUGUAGUGACGUCAUUUGCAAUUUGCUAGCGAUAGCUGUGCAAACACCGCAGGGUUAAGCAACGGCCUAGUUUCAGUUGUGCGCCGGGUCGUAAUAUAUACGCGCGUCGUUUCGGUUCGUCAUUCGUAAUACACGAGCGAGUGCAUGUGUGUGUAUAAGCGCGCGCCUUUUUAAACAAACACAAACAGUAAGCCCGGUCAGACGGUAAGCCGCGCCAAUUGAGCCAGGCGGCAGUCAGUCGUCAAUCAGCUGUGUGCACACCGAGUAGUAUAACAGCCAGCGCCAGCCGAGCCAGUGUUAAUAAGGUGUACGUGUACGCUACAUUAAACCGUUACGUUCGUUACAUUAGCCACUUCCGCACUCACCUGUAGUUAGUAUGGCUCACACAACGUCCUUGUCGUUAGCGUCGUCGUCGUCCGCGUCCGCGUCCGCGUCUUCGCGUCAAUACAGUGUCGCAACGUCGCCCAGGUUGUGUGGCGGUGAUAUCGGUCGUGGUCUAUUCGCCAUUGUGGUGCUGCUGUUGCGUAUGUCCUCCGUGUAUGGCGUCAUCGAUCGCUUGGUGGUGCAGACAUCGAGCGGUCCGGUGCGCGGUCGCUCCGUCACCGUGCAGGGUCGGGAGGUGCACGUGUACACAGGCAUACCGUAUGCCAAGCCACCAUUAGAUGAUUUACGAUUUCGCAAACCGGUGCCAGCGGAACCCUGGCACGGUGUGUUGGAUGCAACGCGACUGCCGGCAACCUGUGUGCAAGAAAGAUAUGAAUAUUUUCCCGGUUUCUCCGGCGAAGAGAUAUGGAAUCCUAAUACAAAUGUCUCCGAAGAUUGCCUGUACAUAAACGUUUGGGCGCCAGCGAAAGCGCGUUUGCGGCAUGGACGUGGCGCCAAUGGCGGUGAGCACUCCAAUAAAGCCGACACUGAUCAUUUGAUACACAACGGAAAUCCGCAGAACACCACAAAUGGCUUACCCGUGCUCAUUUGGAUUUACGGUGGUGGCUUCAUGACCGGCACUGCCACAUUGGAUAUAUACAAUGCGGACAUUAUGUCCGCCGUGGGUAAUGUCAUUGUGGCAUCGUUUCAAUAUCGUGUGGGCGCUUUUGGUUUCCUGCAUCUGUCGCCCGCCAUGCCCGGCUAUGAGGAGGAGGCACCCGGCAAUGUGGGGUUGUGGGAUCAGGCAUUGGCUAUACGUUGGCUAAAAACGAAUGCUCACGCUUUUGGCGGUAAUCCCGAGUGGAUGACACUUUUCGGUGAAUCGGCUGGUUCGAGUUCGGUGAAUGCGCAACUUGUGUCGCCGGUGACGGCGGGUUUGGUGAAGCGUGGCAUGAUGCAAUCGGGCACAAUGAAUGCGCCCUGGAGUCAUAUGACGUCCGAGAAGGCCGUAGAGAUUGGCAAAGCGUUAAUCAACGACUGCAAUUGUAAUGCGUCACUGUUGGCGGAAAAUCCACAAGCUGUGAUGGCCUGCAUGCGUGCCGUCGACGCCAAGACGAUUUCGGUACAACAAUGGAACUCCUACUCGGGCAUUUUAAGUUUUCCAUCUGCGCCGACUAUUGAUGGCGCAUUUUUGCCAGAUCAUCCCAUGAAAAUGAUGGAAACAGCUGAUUUACGUGGCUACGAUAUACUGAUGGGAAAUGUCAGAGACGAAGGCACAUACUUUCUGCUUUACGAUUUUAUCGAUUAUUUCGACAAGGAUGAGGCGACUUCAUUGCCGCGUGAUAAAUAUUUGGAAAUUAUGAAUAACAUUUUUGGCAAAGUAACACAAGCGGAACGCGAAGCAAUCAUUUUUCGGCACACCAGCUGGGUUGGCAAUCCCGGCUUGGAGAAUCAACAGCAGAUUGGACGCGCAGUUGGCGAUCACUUCUUCACCUGCCCGACUAAUGAGUAUGCCCAAGCAUUAGCCGAACGGGGAGCUUCCGUGCACUACUACUACUUUACACAUCGCACCAGUACCUCACUGUGGGGCGAGUGGAUGGGCGUACUGCAUGGCGAUGAGAUCGAGUACUUCUUCGGUCAGCCAUUGAAUACAUCGUUACAGUAUCGACAAGUCGAACGAGAGCUGGGCAAGCGUAUGCUGAAUGCCGUUAUUGAAUUUGCUAAAUCUGGCAAUCCCGCCACAGAAGGCGAAGAAUGGCCAAAUUUUACAAAGAAAGAUCCCGUGUAUUAUGUCUUUUCAACCGACGACAAAGAGGAGAAGCUGCAACGCGGCCCACUGGAAGGACGUUGCGCAUUCUGGAAUGAAUAUUUGCGCGAAGUCCGAAAAUGGGGAUUGGCCAUACAGAAGGUGGUACAAGUGCUGGAGUUUCUGUUUAUUUACCUGAAAACUUGGCUAAUCAGCGGCUAAAUAUCAGCAACGUGAGUGGCAUGCAAAUGAAGAGCUGAGAGCAGAGCGACCGAGGUGUGUUUAUGGAAAGGCUGGUAGAGCGGCGUGCAGGCGGGCGACGGCUUGAGUAGAGUGUUUGCAAUUAUGCCCCCGAGUACAGCAACUUGUCAGAGUAAAUACUGUCACCUAGGGAUUGGACAAGCAUGAAAUAUACAUAAACAAAUGGCUGAUAACUUGCACAGUGAGAGAAUAACAAAUUAAAAUAAGAUAGAGUAAACAGCUUAUGUGCGCAAUCACGAAUUUAAUUCAACCACAAAAGAGACAAAAGAGACUUCAGUCAAGUGUAAAGACAGAGUAAAUAAAACGGCAGGCAAAGUAUGAGUAUACAGUAAACAAAAUAUAAAUAUAAACAAAAAGUAGUUAUGCAUGGAGGUAAAUAAAUAAAACCCAGUUAAACCCAUAAGUAUUGUUUAAUAUUAAGGACAAAGUAUUUUCGCAAACUUCCAAGCACCGGCCAUGACUUUAAGUCGAAGCCAAAGAUUCAAUUACGCACGCAAUAAACAAAAUUGAGCUC